AUGUCACGAGCAAACUCGGAAUCCUCACCAACCUCCCCACAGAUUGUGAUGCCGUCUCAAACUACUGCCGACGUCCUCGAAAGCACUACAUCCAGGUCGUAUACAAAACCUUGUGGUCUUAGGAGCUCUAUCGUCCCACUGCAGCGCCUUGAGUGCGUUCGCGUGGCCAAGAAGAUUCAGCGCAAUGGCCACCGCUUUUACGUCGCCGCUGCCUUUCUCCAGCGCAGUGCUGCACGACGCCGUCUCUCAGAGUGCGUGUACAAGACCUUGCCGGCCUCCAAGCUGUCUCCUCAGGCUAUGCGCGACUUCAUGAUGACUGAGCGUGAGCCAGAUUUUGUGGUAGAACGCCGCUUCUCCGAGUUUCGCCAUCUACGCAACGAUGCUGUAGCCUUAGCAAGAUCCAAUGGGGCGCAUGUCAAGACAUGCCCUGACUGCCAAGACCUGUUACGUAUGCUGCUCAGCUCGAAACAUCGAAACUGGACUGUGAAGCGGAUGUUUGGCAAUAAGGAGCAUCAAUUUGCACUGCUCACGACGUUUGUGAACGACCUAUUAACGCUUACGGUCAGUGUUGUUGAGUGCGUAAGUUGUGGAAAUGUGACGGAAGAUAUGGACAAGAGCUGCAGGAUACGCGAACAAGUCGCCGAAAGGUUGGAGGAAUUUCUCAAGCCAAGUUACGAGCCGACGCUUGGCAUCAUUUAG